AUGGCGGUAGAGGGGCGUUCAAGAAUGUGUUGGUCACUUUGGGACGCCGUCUGGCUCUAUCCUCUGAAGGGCCUGGUCUAUUUCCUCCUACAUCCCUAUUACUAUCCUCUGUUCAAGGCGCGCCUGAUUCCCAUUGUACUCCUAUCCGCCUUCAUCUACGCCAACCUAUUCCUCUGGACAUUCCUUCCACAGGCGGCGUUCCUCGCCCUUUUCCACGGACCAGGGGCAUGGCUAAAUGCAACAUUUCUUGUCCUGGGUGAAGGUGCCGCGAUCGUCGCCCUUCUUUUUGAGGCUUUCUUCGUCGACGAGACUCUGGUGGAUACAUUUGAUGCUGUCCUAAUAGACCAAGGCCUGGCGGAUCUUGUGAGCGAGGGUCGUACGCUCAACCCUCUGGCUCAGAACUCGGUGCAAAUGCUUGGAAAACCUACGUCGUCGGCUGUCUAUGCUCCAUUCAGUUUCCGCCAAAUCAUCGAAUUCGUCAUUCUUCUCCCGGUCAAUUUGAUCCCUUUUGUUGGUGUCCCGAUCUUCCUCAUCCUUACUGGGUAUCGAGCCGGACCCUUUCAUCACUGGAGGUACUUCAAGCUCCGGGGAUUUUCCAAGAAAGAAAGACAAGAAUAUGUCAGGAACCGGCAGCUCAAAUACACGUGGUUCGGUGUGGUUGCAUUGGCGUUGCAACUUGUCCCCGUGCUCAGCAUGUUCUUUUUGCUUACUUCUGCAGCCGGGAGUGCAUUAUGGGCGGCAAAAAUGGAAAAAGCACGUCGAUCUAGGGAAGCCGCCGCAACACCAGGGGCCGAGAGAUAUCAAGAUCAUGUAGCAUAA